AUGUCCUUCGACGCCCUCCCCAUCACCCCCGCCCGCUUCGCCGAGGCGAUAAAGGACCUCUCCCUCACCACCCUCCACCUCAAGGUCCUCGAGCUGCGCAACAGCAUAGCCCACCUCGACUACUCCAACGAGCAGCUCCGGCCCUUCGCCGAGGGCACCGCCGAGGGCGCCGCCUCCUCCCCUCCCGGCGAACCCGACCCGGACUGCGCCGACGCGAUCCGCGAGAACGAGGCGGUCAUCGCCCGCAUGCAGGAGCGCAUCGGCCUUGUGCGCGCCGAGGUCGAGGCCCGCGGCCUCGGCUGGACAGAGUUCCAGUCCAAGGAGGAGGCCGACGCCGAGGCUGCCGCUGCCGCCGCCGCCGCUGCUGCCGCCUCCUCUGCGGCUGCGGCUGCGGCCACUGUUGCCGAUGGCGCGCUCGUCAACGGGCACAGUGGCGUGGAGGCUGACUCGGUUCCUUCUCUUUCUGCUGCUGCGGCGGCGGCGUCAGCGGCGGACGGAGCGGACGGGGCGGAGGAGGAGAGACACUCGGCAUGGGCGGACGGGACUUUUCAGACAGGCACGAUCCGGAACGGUGAGGUGCACCUCGACGGGCCGAUGGGGCAGCAGGGUCGCACACGAGGCGGGGGCGGUUCGCUGACGGACGAGGAGCUGAGGAGGCGGCUGGAGCAGCGGAUGAGGGAGCUCGGGAUGGACAAUGAUGAUGAUGAGGGCGGGAUGCAUCUCUAAACCCUGGGGGGAGGUACCGUUCUCUUGGCAUUCUGACUGGGCUCUUGUUUUGGCGUUAUGGUUAGAAAAGGCACGAUACGAAGGGCUGGAACGGUGGUGCAUCAAGGACUACGGCACCCAAAAACGGCAAGACACACUUUUGCGGGAAAUAUUCAGAGGCAUCGAGGAUUUGGACGGUUCUCUUCAACGACACAGGAACUCAGUUUAGCCCCUCGAAUGCUAUAUAUGUAUGGCAUGGUAGGUAGGAGGGCCGUUUUCGACUCCAUAGGGAGGUACAGAAGUGUAUGGUAAUGCAAUUCCCAAAAUCAACGCCGUGUUUGC